AUGAGAAAGGGCGCAGUACAAACACACUCCAAUGAGGAGCUUGGAGAGGAGGCGGGACAGGCACUGGAGCUGGCGAAACUUCAAAGACAGUUGAGAGUAAUGGAGGGCGAUCGUCGGGCGUACGCUGAGGAAUCCAACAACAUCCUCCGCAAGAAAAUGUCGGAGAAGGAGGCUCUUGUAGCUGAAAAUGAGGAGAUUCGAACCGUCCUACGUCUCGCUCAAAGCGAAAAGAACGAAAGCAUGGAUAUCGAAAACACAAACCGUUUGAUGGAGCUCAUUGACAACCUCGACUCAUUUAAUAAUCAGGCCGAACAAGAAGUCAAGCGUAUAGCCGAACUCGAUGCGGAAGUGGCACGCGUAGAGGAAGAAAUAACAAAACACCGACGCGCGCAGGGAGGCAACACAGAGCAGAUGGUAGAGAGAACCAUACAGAAAAAAAUCAGAGUCAAAGAAAAUCGACUCGAUAAGGCCAUGGUUAAGUUCAACCAGCAGCUGGCGGUUAAUGCCAACCUUCGACAAGAGAUCGACCACCUUCGUCAGGAACGAUCAGUGUUCGACGGACUCUUCAAGAAGCUCACAAAUGACCUCAGCGACAUAAAGGCGCAGAUGGACGAGGUAAUCGCAGAGGCUGCUCGCGCAUACGAGGAAAGGGACGAGGCACAGAACAAGAUGAUCGCGCUAAAGGAGCGGAGUGAGAAAGACAUGGCCCAACAUGAGGUCGAGAUGAAGGAUCUACAGCGUAUCAUUAACCAUGACAACAAACUCAAACAAUUCCUCCUCUUCAAGGCGCAUGACCGUGCAGAGUUCAAGGACGAAGAGGAGGCAAAGAAAAACAAAAACGCCCGCGACAAAGACACGGACGCAGAACGGGAACAAAUAAAUGUUUACGAGGAAGCAUUUGAUAAAAUAAAGGAGGCUACUGAAAAACAAGACAUCUCUGUUAUCGUCAACAAUUUCAUCGCCCGUGAGGAUGAAAACUUUGCGCUAUUCAACUAUGUCAACGAGUUGAACGAGGAAGUAGAGGGACUGAACGAGGAGAUCCGGUUGACCAAGGCAGAGAUGGAAGCGUUUGAGAUCGAGGAUAUCCGAAUGAUGGAAUGCAACAAAAUCACACUGAAAGACUUGCAGUCGAGGUCAGUUCGAGUGACAGCCGAAACGGAGGUGGCACAGAAAAAGAUUGACGUCAUCAGGGGUGUUCUUGAUGAGUUACGAAGUGGUGUUACGUCACUGUUUGAGACAAUUCACUGUGACUCGAGCACGAUUAAGUCUAUAUUAGGGAGCGAGGAGGAAAUCACGGACAAGAACAUCCUCCAUUACAUGGGAAUCAUGGAACAGCGGACCAUGGAGAUGUUACAGCUUCAGCAGUACCUCCAUCUCAAGCAAAAUCCGCCAAAACCUGAAAAGAAGGACAAAAAAGGCCAGGAAGCACCUCCGAUCACACAGUUCAUACGUACAGAUAUUCCUCCGCCCAUCUCUAUUCAGACUCCUGCCUCAGCGGACGACGAUGACGUGUCAGAUAUUUUGGUUGGUCAGGAUGAAGUCGAUAUUCGACCUUUGACCCACGAUGAACUCCGCGCCAUGGCGCAACGAAAUAUCACCAAGAGGGCAAUAAGCACCAGUGCGAAAGCCAAUCAUGUCCGCAGAAGCAAAUCGCCACGCCCACCUUAA